AUGGCUGGCCCAGAGAUGGAGGGGACUGCUCUGUUCCAGGAGAUGGUGAAGGCACCGCUCCUUCCCCUAGAGGAGGGCCGGAUGGAGAAUCCUGUGUUUCAUUUUAUUUCUGUUCUGCCGCUAGCUCCAGCACCAGUGCAACACCCUCAUUCACAAGCUCCAUUCAAGAUGCUCACGCUGAAAUGCAUCCUCAUGUGUGUUCGCUUCCAGGAUUGGUUUGCAGCGAUCGACCUGCAGGAAGCGUACUUUCAGUCACGGAAGCUGCCCUUGACCCUGCUGUGGGAAGUAGGCAUUCGCAUCUUCAACUAUCUCAACAGCUGGCUCAUUCUGGCCCAGUCCCGAGAUCAGGGUGUGGUCUCCGUAGCGUUCCUCUCUGUUGGGACUGAGAACACUUCCCUAGCCUUUUGGUCAUGGUUGAAAAAACGUAGGAAUCAAGUUCUGAAGCACUCUUCCCUGGGACAGGAACAGCAGCUUCGACGAUCCCCUGAGCUUGUUGGAGAUUCUCACUGUUCUGGAAGAGUGGAGGUUUUUCAUGGGAACACCUGGAAUUCAGUGUGUGCUGCUGCCUUUGACCAGCAGGAUGCAGAGGUUGUGUGUAGAGAGCUGGACUGUGGGGCUCCUGUACAGGUGCUGGGAGAAGAUGCUUUUGGAAAAGGAGACACUCAGAUGUGGACACAAGAGAUUCAGUGCAGAGGAGAUGAGUCUCAGAUUCACCUCUGUCCAACAUCACCAUCACACAAACACAACUGUUCACAUGAUAAUUACCAGGGGCUUCUCUGUGCUGGUGAAAAAAAUGUGAGGUUGGUUGGUGGUAACAGUCGCUGUGCUGGUACAGUGGAGAUUCAUCAUAGAGGUCAGUGGGGAACAGUGUGUCAUGAUUUUUGGGAUUUGGCUGAUGCUGCAGUGGUGUGUAGAGAGCUGGACUGUGGAGAACCUGUAGAUGCUCUGAGUGGUGCUCAUUUUGGACCAGGAUCAGGACCAAUUUGGGUGAAUACUAUUUUAUGUGCUGGAUCAGAGUCUACAGUGAAAAACUGUGGGUCAUCAGGAUGGAGCAUACAUGUCUGUACUCACAGUUUGGAUGCCGGAGUCAUCUGUUCAGGUCAUAAACCUUCCAGACUUGUUAGUGGUUCUCAUCUUUGCUCUGGGAGGUUAGAGAUACUUGAUGAUCAGACAUGGAUGUCAGUGUGUGCUGCUGCCUUUGACCAGCAGGAUGCAGAGGUUGUGUGUAGAGAGCUGGACUGUGGGGCUCCUGUACAGGUGCUGGGAGAAGAUGCUUUUGGCAAAGGAGACGCUCAGAUGUGGACACAAGAGAUUCAUUGCAGAGGAAAUGAGUCUCAGAUUUCAUUCUGUUCCAUAUCAUCAUCACAGAAACACAACUGCACCAGUGUCAAUAAUGUGGGACUGAUCUGUUCUGGUUACACUGAUCUCAGACUGGUAAAUGGUUCAGACUCUUGUUCUGGAAGAGUGGAGUUUCAGUUCAUCAGUAAAUGGAGCACAGUGUGUGAUGCAUGCUGGGAUAUGAGAGCUGCCAGUGUCCUCUGUAGACAGCUGAAUUGUGGGAUUGCUGUGUCUGUUGUGGGAUCAGACUGGUUUGGAGAGGGAAGUAGUGAAAUCUGGGCUGAUGUGUUUGAUUGUGACGGGAAUGAAACAAAACUCUCAGAAUGUUCCAUCUCUUCAUGGAGUCGAGCUGAAAGUUCUCAUAGACGAGAUGUUGGAGUCAUCUGCUCUAAUUCCUCUCUGGCUGUUCAUGAUGGUCUGGUGCGGUUGUCUGGAGAGAGACAGUGUGAGGGGGAGGUGGAAGUUUCCAUCCAUCAGGUCUGGAGGAGAGUUCUGCUGGACUCCUGGAGUCUCACUGAAUCCUCUGUGGUCUGCAGACAGCUGGGCUGUGGCUCUGUGCUGAACUUCUCCGGCUCCUCUUCAUCCAGUCCUGAACACAGUCAUGAGUGUGUGACGGGCUUCCAGUGCUCUGGGAGUGAAGCUCAUCUGGGGAACUGCAGCUCUCCACAAACUCUCAACUGCAGCUCCACACAACAGCUGUCAAUCACCUGCCUUGGUCACGGGUCCAUCAGGCUGGUGGGUUCUGGGGGAGACUGUGCAGGGAGGCUGGAGGUUUUUCACAGCGGCUCAUGGGGGACAGUGUGUGAUGACUCCUGGGAUAUUAAAGAUGCCCAUGUGGUGUGCAGACAGCUGCAGUGUGGAGUGGCCCUCAGUAACCAGCAGGUACCAGCCUGGUUUGGUCCUGGUUCUGGACCCAUAUGGCUGGAUGAGGUGGAGUGUGAGGGGAAUGAGACGUCCCUGUGGAGCUGCUCUUCUCCAGGCUGGGGAAAACAUGACUGUCAACACAAGGAGGAUGUAGGAGUCGUGUGUUCAGAGUUUAAAGAGAUCAGGUUAACUGAGGGCUGUGAAGGGAAUGUGGAGGUUUUCUACAAAGGAUCCUGGGGUAAUGUGUGCUGGAACCAGAUGGACAGAGACACAGCGAGUCUGAUCUGUCAAGAGCUGAACUGUGGAAGAUCUGGUGCUUUUUCCAAUUCUAUACCAAGACUAGAAUCAGCUCCUAACUGGCUAGAUAAAGUAAAAUGUCGACCACAUGAUUCUAACCUGUGGCAGUGUCCAUCUUUACCCUGGGGACAGAAUGACUGCAAUAGAGAUGAAGUGGUCAAAAUCAUCUGCUCAGAACAGAAAAGUCAUGAGUCCCCUCGAAGCUAUCUGACAUGGUCUACAUCUCCCUACAAGAGACAGUAUUCAGAGAGUCUUCCUCUCAGACUUAGUGGAGGGGAGGGCCGGUGCUCUGGGAGGCUGGAGGUGUAUCAUAACGCUGUGUGGGGCUCAGUCUGUGAUGAUCUGUGGGACAUCAGCGAUGCUCAGGUGGUCUGCAGACAGCUGGGUUGUGGAGCAGCACUGAGGGCUGAUGGGAAUUCAGUCUUUGGUGCUGGUGAAGGUGUUGUGUGGCUGAACAGAGUCGAGUGCAGAGGGAAUGAGAUUCACCUGUGGGACUGUCCUCUCUCCCUGAAGAACCACACUGACUGCUCCAACAAAGAUCACGCUGGACUCACCUGUGCAGAUUUGUCAGUGUCCACCACUCCUGCCACAACAACAUCAUCUUCUCCUCCAGUUUCUCAGACAGUGAGCUCAACAUCAGUCUCUUGUUCACAAACUCCUCCGUCUCUCUCUGUGCUUGUGAUUGUACUGGGAGUUGUGCUCUUACUGCUCUUAGUGCCACUGCUUAUACUGAUUCAGCAGAACAGAGUGAUGAGGAGAGCUCUCUCUGAGAGGAGACACAGGAGCACGACUGAGGCUGUUUAUGAGGAGAUUCAUCGCAGACCCAUUCAUAGACACCAUCUCUUCACUCAGAGGGAAGAACAGCAUUCUGGGUAUGAAGAUGCUGAUGAGCUUCUUUCAGCAAAUUCUGCAGUAGGAGCCGCUCCUGACUAUAAUGAUGUCAUCACCACUGAAGGGCCAAAAGAAGAGCAGCAAAUCACACCUGAGAAUUAUGAUGAUGUAAUCACUGUUGGACUGAGACCUCGUGAUACAGAAAACUAUGAUGAUGUCAUCAUUGUACGACAGUUGUCCAAUGACACAGCAGACUAUGAUGAUGUGGGGAAGGAGCCAGAAAAACAGGGAGGGACUGUAUAACUCAAACCACACCCACUGCCUCAAAUCCUCUCAAUGCUAUUAAUGUUUGCAGAGUUUAAGCGUUUCAGAUGCUAUAUAAGUUUCAUCUGCUUUCCACCAAUCUUUUAUGUAACAUUUUCUAUCUGCUACAUCUAUUAAAUCAAUAACAUUUUAAUCAGUUUUUGACCAAAAAAAAAAAAUGCUUUGCUUUCAUGGCUUUUACAAAAAGUUUUUAAUUUCUCUUUCCAGAGGUUUUUUGUUUUUGUUUUUGUGAUCCCAUUUCAUUUAAACAUUUCUAUCAAUUUGUAUAUAAUUGUUAUAAUUUUAGAUGCUUUAAAACUUCCACUGCUCUAGUCUUCACAUCAACAUCAACUGAUAGUGGACAUAUAUUUUGCUAAAGAAUGUUGUAAUGUACUUUAGGAAAUAAGUUUACAAACAGCAGCUGUGAUCAAGGAUCUUUACAUCAGAAGAAUGUAAAGACUUUGCUUGUUGUUCACUUUAUGUCCUGCAGAGGGGUUUGUGACAGUCAGUACACAGCAUGCAUGCUUGUUUUAUGUACUUGUUUUAUAUUUGAGCCCAAAUUGAAUAUUGCUUUGAUAUCUGAUUGUUGUUUAACAUUGAUUUUAAUGAAUUAUAAUAACAUUAUAAUUUAUUAAUUAAAGUCCCACU